CUGCGAACGUGCGGAGAGCCGGGCGCGUUGCAUGGCGGGAGAUACAAACGCCCGCGAAGUCUCCGCUCCUGGGGGAAGCCUGGAGGCUGUAAUUGUUUUCUCUCUCGGCUCAUUGGACGCAUAGCUCUCCCGGAAGCGCGGGAGUCUCGGUUUGCCGGGGCUUAGUCUAGGCGGCUGUGGCCGCGGUGCCGUUAGAGGCCCCAUUUCCCGGAGACAUUACGGCAUUUCUAGGUGAAACCCCUCCGGCAGUGGAGGGGUCUCCGCCCCCUCAGGCUGCCGGUAGGGAGGGGCCUUGAGGGUCCAUCUUGUCGCUUGGGUCUGCCCUUUCUUCUCACCCCUCACCCAGCCCACCGCGAGGAUGAGCUUGGCCGGGGUCCCCUCUUUCGAGAAGGAGCAUCUCUGGAUGUAUCUGCAGGCACUCGGCUUUGAGCCAGGCCCAGCGACCACUGCCUGCGGAAAAAUUGUGUCGCUCACGAAUUUCGGAGUGAACAUGUUUGACAAGCUGAACCGUGACGCCUUUCAGAUAGUUUCUUAUUUUUUGUUUCAAAUGCUGGACCAGUCUCUCACCAAAGAAGUUUUCAAAUUUUGCUGGCCUCCAUUUGACCAAAAACGUGAUGCUGAAUUCCGGAAGCAUUGCUGUGAAUGGUUAAAAAAAAUUUCUGCUGAAUGUGGAGGUAGCUUUCCUCAGGUUGUUGGCUCACUGUUUAUUUCUCCUGGAGGUCCGAAGUUUGUUCAUCUGAUGUACCAUUUUGCAAGAUACGUUGCAAUAAAAUAUAUUAAAACCUAUUCUAAAAAUUCUUCUGUACAUUUUAUAGAUACGUUUAAUGUAAAGCCACAAGAUUCGCAUAAGUGCAUUGCCAGAUGCCAUAUAGCACGGAAGAAAUUUUUCCAAAUUUUGCAGAGAGAAGAUUGUGUUAUCCAAAAAUAUCAGGAAAAUGCACAAUUCUUAGUUAAGCAAGUACGAGAAUUGAGAGCAGAAUAUAUAGGACUGCAAAACCACAUAAAAAAAAUGGAACCCUGUGAUGACCAAAGUAAUCUACAAGAGAAAGUUCAAAAGGUUCGGUCAUUGUGGGCUUUAGUGAAUGAAACACUCAUGUUUUUGGAAAAAGAGAGAGAAGUUGUUAGUUCAGUCCUUAGCCUUGUUAACCAGUACUCUUUAGACGGAACUAAUGUUGCUGUUCAGAUUCCAAGGCUCUUACUUGACAAAAUUGAAAAACAAAUGGGUCAGUUACACAUAGGAAAUGUUUAUGAGGCUGGAAAAUUGAACCUCUUAACAGUUAUUCAGUUAUUAAAUGAAGUCUUGAAAAUAAUGAAAUAUGAACAUUGUCAGACUGACCAAGCAAGACUGACAGUAGACCUUCACUACCUUGAAAAAGAGACCAGAUUUCAGAGAGAAAGAUUAUCAGAUCUGAAGCAUAUGAGGUAUAAAAUGAAAGAAGAUCUUAUAACUAUAAGACGUUCUAUUAUUGAGAAACAAGGAGAAUGGUCUAAGAAGUGGACAGAAUUUCUUGGCCUGUCUCCUUUCAGUCUAAUUAAAGGUUGUACUCCAGCUGUGGAUCUUUUACCACCUAUGUCUCCCCUUUCAUUUGAUCCUGCCUCAGAAGAAGUAUAUGCAAGGAGCAUUCUUUUUAAGUACCCUGCUUCACUUCCAGAUAUGUCUAAGGAAUGUAACCAAGAAAAUGUUUGCAGAACAGAGAAUGAUACACAAGGAGCUGUAAAUGAACCAGUCAACAGCCCUGCCUCCUUUUUGUUGCAGUCAGCUCCAUUAUCAGACAGAAACGGGGCUGCAUUUCUUGAAAAGGAUAUGAAGGUGAGAACUCCCAGAGAGAAAAAGAAAAUAAUUUCUAAGAAAAUACCAGAAUUUGAAGUGGAAAACUCUCCAUCAUCAGCUAUUGCAAAGAACAUAGAGAGUAGUGCAGUUAGGGAGUCUCUGCCAGCCAGAAAAAGUGAUGCAUUCCAAAAAGAGCAAGAUCAUCUGGUAGAACAGGUUGCCAGGGCAGUUUUAUCUGAUUCUCCAAAGCUCUCUGAAGGAAAAGAAGUAAAAUUAGAAGAAUUAAUUGACUCUCUGAUUUCUAACCCAUUCUUAACAAGGAACCAAAUUCCCCGAACUCCAGAAAACUUGAUAAGUGAAAUUAGAAGCUCAUGGAGAAAAGCUAUUGAAAUGGAAGGUGACAGAAGUACAGAGCCAAUUCAGAUGGAUACUGAACAUACAGAAGUUUUGCCAGAAUCCGUACCUGUGUUGCAUGAUCAAACAGAAUUUAGCAUGGCCAGUUUACUCUCAACCACUGUAUCAGAUUUUAGCCAAUCUCAUUUGCCUGAAGAAAAAGUUGUUUCAGAUUGCCUCGAGUGUGUGUCUCAGAAACAUGUGACAGCCAGUCACAUAGGUGAUCCGCCAACACAGAAUCAGUCAGGUUUGUUAAAUAAGAAAAUAAUUUGUAAGCAAGAUUUGGAAUGUACAGCUUUACAGACCAAACUUUCAGAAACUAGCCAAAUAUUCUUCCCUGCUGUACACAAUAGUGUAGAUGCGAUGGAUGGCAGUAAAGAGGAAUGUGUUGAAGUAUCAGACCACUCACAAGCUUCUUAUAAAGAACCUUCCAUGCAAAAAACUAUGUUAUGGAACUCUUUUCAGAUAUCAAGUGGAAUUAGUUCUAAGAGUUUUGAUACUAAUUUUGGCAUAUUACAUGAAACUCUUCCAGAAGAAGCUGGUCACCUAAGUCUUAAUAGCUCCAGUAAUACAGAGGCCAAUUUUGAACUGGAACCAAACAGUCCUAGGCACACUGACAUUUUUCCAGAAGAUGUUGCAGGAGAUACACAGACUACUCCAAAAUCAAAUUUCAAUUUGCAGGCUAUUUGCAGUAGAUAUGAGGCUCUGAAGAAAUCUCUUUCCAAGAAAAAGGAAGAAUCUUCUCUCUCUUAUCCUGAAUCAUUUGAAAGACACAAAUCAGAAUUGAGUCUUACUCCUAAUAACAUGCAAACAGAUAUGUUUAACUUUUUGGACACUUGUGACUCGCACACUGACUAUACAAAACCAUCUUUACGCAUGUCCCUUGGUGAAAGAAAACGGUCUCUUUCACCAUUAAUUAAGUUUUCUCCAGAGGAGCAAAGGUUGAGGACCACAAUACCACGUAGUCUUGGAGAAGUUCUACCUAAAUUAAAAGAAGAAGAAAUCCUGAAUAAGAGUCUUGAUGCAGAAAAAUCUCCGUCUGACUUGAAAAGAUAAAGCAAUAUAGUACAGAUAACUGUGAUGCACUUAAAUUGAAGUUGUGGCACAGAAUAAAAGCUAAAUUGUAGUUUACAUAUUGGAAAUGUAAACUUUCUUUUCCAAAGUCUAAAGUUCUUAAAUGCCUUUUAGCCUCCUCUGAUAUUUUUAGGCAAGGAAAGUAUGUUUGGAUUUUCUCCAUUUGUAGUAGGAACAUAGGGUUGAAAUGUGAAGUAUUUGGAAAGUAAAAUGGAGAGUUAUGCAAAGACAUUUUGAUUUCUCAAAUAAUGUAACCAUUAAGUAAAUGGCAAAAGUUGUAGUUUAUUAUGUGUUAUAAUCCCAGUUCAUUAACAUAAGGAUAAUUUUUGAUGUUCUUUCAUUUAGUGGUUAAUAUAAUACUCAUUGGAUAUACUGAUCUUUCCUUUUAGAGAAAUAAAUAACUUUUGUUUCUUUAUGGAACAUUCUGGUACUAACAAAAAAUAUGAGAGCAGUAGUGUCUUUUGAGCGUGUAGUCAAGAUGACAAAGCUUACGAUUGAGAAAACUCUAAAUAGGCUUAAUGAUUAUUAGAUUGGUCCUGAGAAGAUGUUUGAUGGAAGAAAGUACAUGUGAUGAUAAAUGAAGACUGGCACAGAACCUAGAAAAAAAGAAAAAGAUGGAAGAUGACGACACUUUCAAGGAAUACUGUCAAAACUAUAAAUCCGUUCAGUGGGUUAUGUGAUAGAUUUAUGUUUGGUCUAAUUUAGACUUUGAGAAUUUGAUUUAAUCCUAGUUUUAUAUUUUAACAAAAAAAAGUAAAUUGAAAAAUUUGUGGUUUGUUUUAUUUUUUGGAGGGUGGGCUGCCAUUUUCAGGAAACAAACUAGAUUUGAUCAUGUUACUUUCCUGCUUAAAAACCAUCAAAUUUCCCCUCUGCCUACAGAAUAGCCCCCAAGUUGAGAAAACUGAACCCAAGUGUUGUUAAAUAACUUGUUCAGUGUCAAUAUAGCUAAGUUGUGAAGCUGGGAUUUGACCUCAUUUUCCUUCCUUAAUAUGCCACUAAGAGGCCAGGACAUAGGAUAAGGAGUGGGCCUUCUGUUGGCCUCUGGAUUCUGAGUGGGAAUCAAGAGGUGAGGCUUAUGUACAGUCUCCUCCUCACUUCAUUAGGCUUACUGCCCCAGGAAGGGGUUUGUCUGUAGCACCCAGAUGAAUACAUGCCAUUGCCCCCUGGAACCAGGAUUGGAAUAGGCAUUGGAAGGGUGAUGGUGCCCUCUCUAGAGCCCCUACUCAUUAAAACCUUUUCCACUGGCCCCGAAGAAAUUGGCAAGGAAAGGAGAAAAGUUUAGACAAUAGAUGGGCUUAAUAGAUCAUCUCUCUUCACCCAUCUUGGGCUACCUUUCUCUGUUCUGCCUAUUUCAGUUUGAAGGCCAGUCUUUUUGUGAGAAAAGACAGAAGGAAUGCAACAAAUUAGGGACUCUCUAGAUCUACUGGGAAAACUUUCUCUAGUCUGCUUUAAGAAAACCCAGUAGAUGGAAGACCAAAAUCAGCAUGUUAGGGAGGAGGUAGGGCUAUCAUAUUAGUAUUUACAAAGUGCCAGGGCUACUGCAAGGCACGAAUUUCAUUUAAUCCUUGUAACUCUCUAAGGUAACAUACCUGUUUCACAGAUGGGGAACUGAAGCUCAGGAAGCUUAAAUGACUUGCCUAAGAUGUUUUUUUUUUUUUUUUUAAGAUGGACUCUAGGAUCAUCUGAAUUAGAAUCAUCUGGGAUGCGUUUUAAAAAUGUAGUUUAUAGGUUGAAAGUGGGGAUUAGCAAUCUGCACUUUAAGUAGGCGUCCCUGAUGAUUUUUUAGGCUCAAUAAAAAGCUUGAGAACCACUGCCAGGGAUAUAGGUUUAUAUUUAGCCCUGGGGUACCUUUUAAGAAGUAGCUACACUGAUGCAUAUCCAGACUGGUAACUGAUGGGGAAGUUCACGUUCACCAAUAAAGUGUAGGAGGCCCUUGACUACUAUGAAUCAGAAACAAAACAUCAAAAUAUCUCUGGACUUUGAUUUACAGAAAAUCACAUUGUUGAGUGAGCUAUCUCUCUUGAUAGGCUGAGGGUUUUUGAUAUUCUUCCUUUGUCCUUCAUAUGCUAAUACUGUAAACAUGUCUCAAAUCUUUCUCAUUCUUUGCCCAAACAACUGUGAUGACAGCUUACUGCCUUUAGCUUCUCCGCUAUCCAAUACUUCCUCACAGUGCCUUUUUGGCCAUAAAGGACUGUUUUGAUCGUCACUUCCUUGCUUAAAUAUCCAAUAAUUAUUGCAAAUUCCAGCACAGAGCUCAAAUUCAAAGGUAUAUAAAAACUCAAUGGGAAAGUUCUACUCUGUCUUAUAGGGUCACUGUGAGUUGGAAUUGACUGGAAGGCACUGGGUUUGGUUUUUGGAAACCCUGGUGGUGUAGCGGUUUAGUGCUAUGGCUGCUAACCAAAGGAUCUGCAGUUCAAAUCCACCAGGCACCCCUUGGAAACUCUGUGGGGCAGUUCUACUCUGUCCUAUAGGGUCGCUGACUCAGAAUCAACUCGAUGGCACUGGGUUUUUUUUUUUUUUUUUACAUAGGGUUUCCUCUAGUCUCCCACCACGGUUUCCUAAUGUUCACUGAAAUGUCCUGUGAGCAUGGGCCUUUAGAAGUCUUAAUUCACAAUCUCCUUGAAUCUGGAAUACCUUACUUCCCCUCACAGUUUAUUGUAACUAUAGCUCUGUUUUAGGGCUCAGAACAAAUCUCACAUCUACAUUGAAAUCUUAAUCCUUUCAUUAUCCAUUUGCCUAUCCCUUCUCUGAAAUCUUACAUGGUUCAUCUUGUUUUAUUCACUUGGUGUUUCAAUUAUUGCUUUUAUAUUUUUUCACGGUUGUAUGUGAUCUCUCUGUAAACAAUUCUGUGCAUACAUUCAUACCUAUGUAGACGUAUGUGUGUACAUACAUACCCCAAAGGCAUGGGCCAUCCUUAGCAACUAUUUCAGAAUUGGUAUUGUUUGCCUCUACUUGAUGGCACUUAAGAAAUGGUAAAAAGGUCUGAUUUCUUGCUGUAUGUGUAUUCUUUCUCAUGUCAAAUUAGACUGUACCUUGUUUUAUUCACUACUUCUAAGAUAUAAAAAUGUAUAAACUGACUGCUGCAUCCUCCACUUGAAGCCUUAGGUAAUGCCAAAAUGUCCUGAUUGUGUAAAAUGUUUAAAAGAGGACAAGCAUAAAAUGUUGCUUAACAUGAAAAAUGCUAAGAAGUGGAAUAAAGAAUAUUGGAAGUCAAAGGGAAACAUUUGGAGGGAUCUGACUGAAAACAUCCUGCAAGUAUCUUGAAGCCUUUUCUUGAUCAAGUGUUUAACCAUAUCUUUUUUUUUUUAUUAAGUCAAUUUUUAUCUAAAGGAAAAACAGGUAUUCUUGAUACCUGUAAUGUAAAAGUAAAUGCCAUCAUUUUUUCUGAGUGUAUUUAAAACAUUAAAGAAAAUAAAAUGUUCAAGGACAUUUCCCUCAAUGUAAAUAAAGCAUUUACUAAAAUCUGUUUCACUAAGCUGCAGAUACAUGCUUGCUCUAGAGAUCAUUUUUCUCUUUCCCCACUGUGAAAGCCAAGUCAGUAUCCAAAGUUUAAAACAUUUGUGAGUUCUUUAUGGGACUAUUAUGUUAAUAUGCUCCAUAUACUGUACCAUUGUCUUUUUUUUUUUUUUGUACUUUAGAUGAAGGUUUACAGGACAAACUAGUUUCUUAUGUUAGCACACUGUUCUAUGACAUGGGUUAACAUCCCCAUGACAUGUCAACACUUUCCCUUCUCAACCCUGGGUUCCCUAUUACCAACUUUCCUGUUCCCUCCUGCCUUCCAGUCCCUGCCCCAGGGCUGGUGUGCCCCUUUAGUCUUUUGUUCCAUGGCGCUGUUCAAUCUUUGGCCAAAGGGUGAACCUCAGGAGUGACCUAAUUACUGAGCUGAAAGGGUGUCCGGGGGCCAUACUCCUUGAGGGUUUUGCCAGGCUCUGUCAGGCCAGCAAGUUGGGUCUGAGUUAGAAUUUUGUUCUGCGUUUUUCUCCAUGUACUAUUGUCUUGAAUACUCAAUAUUAUACCAUCUGGCUUUGGAAUUUACCAUAUAUUAAUAAAAAGUAUAUUUUGCAAACCAUGAAGCCAUCACAUACAUACAAAGGUAUAUAAUAAAAGAAACUUCAGAGGUUCAGUGAUUCGGAUUUAUACUCACUUACUGGCAGUGCCCUAAUUAGCUGUGUUUUAUAACUUACAUCUGAAUAGCCUGUUGCUCUUAAUGGGUAGGGAACCUGUCAUCCAUAGCUAGAUAGGUUUGAUAAAUGUUAAAUAGCUUUUUUAAAGCCUUUGAAAUUCUAAAAGGCCUAUCCCUUAGUUUCUUUAUAUUGCUUUAUCAAAAAUUAGCAAUCUUAGAAUCCUCCCACAAAAGUAGAUAUUCUGAGAAUGUGAUUCAGUAUUAUCCAGAUUUCUAGAUAAAUACAGAUGGGAAACUCAUAUUGCCCAAAGUGAAUUAAACACUGUUCCUUGGGAGAAUUCAUUUAACUUCCCUCGGCUUCAGCUUUCUGUCUGCAAAAUUAAGAGGAUUAUAUGAUGGAAUAAUCUACAUCUAAAAAGGUAGGAUUUUUAUGAUUAACUUUUCUGUCAAUGUAGGACAGAAUGUGGGGUAUAGUGGGGGAGAAGAAGGAUCUUUAGUCAGAUUGCCUGUGUUCAGCUAUAUGACCUUCAGAAAUUCAGUAAACUUCUACCAGUUUUCUCAUCAAUACAGUAAAGAUAAAGUAACCUACCUCACAGGUUGGUUGUGAGGAUUAAAUGGGAUAAAUACACCUCAAAUAUUUAGCUAGGCUUCACAUUCAGUAACGGGGAGGUAUGGAUCAGUAGGUGGUAACAAUAGCUAACACAUAGUACCAUGUGUCAAGGCACCAUUCUUAAUGCUUCCCAUGUUUUAAUUUAAUCCUUUUAACAAUCCUAUGAAGUGGAGCUAUUCUCACCCACAUUUUACAAAUGAAGCAAACACAGUGAAAUUAAUUUACCUUGCCCAAGUUCACAGAGCUAGUAAGUGAAAACACCAGAAUACAACUCGACUCAGGUGGCCAGGCUCCAGUUCAUACUCUCUGAACCCCUCUAUUGCAGCUGCCAUGAAACAUCCUUCAGGAGAUGGGGGCCAAGAUUACAAAAUCAAAUUUAUCAAUAAAGCAACAGUUGUGGGCAAAUUACUUCAAAUAACACCAUAUUUUAAAUUGCUAACAGCAAAUGUUUAUUCAUGAUUGAAGCCAAGGAGGAUUUAUAAAUGCAUUUUAAUUCCUUGCUGAUAAAAUAGUAACAUUCCAUCUUUGCAAUCUAGUAAAGAAUACAGAAAGAUACUGGUAAAGGCUUUGAUGUGCAUAUCUAUUAUAACCAGGUAAUCAGAACACACACACACACACACACACCACCUACUUUAGUGUUACACCAUACCAACUUUUCAGAAAGGCCAUCUUGAAGCUCUACUGGACAGCUGAGUAGCGUUCAAUGUUUAAAGAACAGGAGUAGGGAAGGAGGACAUGGAGGCGCACACAUCUCAAAGCCCACAACAUUAUGAAUAUGAAAAAGAGAAAGGGUGCAAGAAAAAAAAAAAAAAGGCAAUUCAGCAUCUUCAGCAACAGCGUUUGGCAAUAUUCAACGCAUAAGGAGGCUGUGCUUGGGGCCAUCCACU